AUGGCACACAGCAAAAGAAACACGUCGCGUAGCGUCUUCACCUCUUACGAGCGUGAUAUGGCCAAGGCUGCAUGGGCAUCCACCUCAGCCCGUUUGUCUCGCGAUUCUUUUCUCCCCUUUGGCUCUUGCUACCUCUGCCUUGAGAUGGCUAGGGACCCAGUCUCAUGUAGUCACGGCGACAUUUUCUGUCGAGAGUGCGCUGUGGCCAAUCUGCUCGCGCAGAAGAAGGAAAUCAAGCGCGAAGAAAAACUUCGGGAGAAGAAUGAGCAGGCGACCUUGGAGGCGCAGGCACAACAAGAUGCUGAAGCCCAAGAACGUGCCGUCAAAGAUUUUGAGAGUAUCCAAGCAGGGCUGAAACCGUCGGCUGCAGCAACGGCAUCUUCAUCAUCCAGUCUAUCGACCAAAAUCGAGGGAGCCGACCCCAACACCACCAAAGACAUUCAGGUCACCAAGAGGAAGUUUGUGCUGGACCAGGAUGAGUUGGACAGAAUUGCCAAGGAGGAUCGCACGAAGGCCAAAAAGUUGAUUAAAGCUGAGAAAGCAUCCAAGGAGAGUAUACCGUUCUUCUGGACACCAGGGCAAACACCAGAUGCCAAUGCAGCUCGUAUGGCGGAAGGUUUGGCAGCCGCUCCCAAAAAGAUUAAGCUGGCGCCCAUCUGCCCGGCUUCGGUAGACGAGUCUCGGCAUUCCUUCUCACUCAAGAGUCUCACUUCGCUCGAAUUCAAAGAAGAGCUCGACACCAAGACCAAUUCCAGCCGGCGCAUUUGCCCGUCCUGUGUCAAGACACUCGGCAAUGCCUCGCGACCUCUUAUGGCCGAAAAGUGCGGUCACGUCAUUUGCCGCAAUUGCGCUGUGAAGUUUAUGACACCGCAAGAAAAUGCAUGCUAUGUGUGCGAUGCUAGGCUUCCUGCGGCCCGCCCAGAUAGCAAGCACAAGGAACCUAAACAGGAAUUUGCCGGGCUGAUAGAACUCAGGUCCGAGGGCACUGGGUUCUCUGCUCGGGGAGCAAGCAAAGUUGAGAAAAGCGGCGUCGCUUUCCAAUGCUAA